AUGUAUAAGCAUACACAACGCCAGAGGUGUCCAGGACACCACUGUGUGCUGCACCAACAAGCUGAAGCUCGCACUAUUGGUACUGUUUCAAUAUGCGUCAUCUACCACGCAGGCGCAGCCGUGGCGUCCCAGGCGCCAAACGGCUUGGCGCCGGGCGCCCUGCCGCCUUCGUCGCCACCACCAGCAACGCUGGACCCCAACGACCCGAUCCUCACCAACCCUACGGUGGCUUUGGCCGUCAAGUCGUUCCGCAACAUGCGCAGCGCUGCACUGACGCCGGUCGCCCGGCGACUCCGCGAGAUCAUGAUCAAGCGCCAGCAGCUGCGGCAGCAGCAACAGGAACAGAUGGCGCUGCAACCGCACACCGAUGACGGCGGUGGCCAGGACUGGACCGAGGUCAGCAUCGCCUGCCCGCCUCCCGGAAUAAACCUGGCCGGCCGAAAGCCUCUCAAGGGCCGCCGGCCACUCAUACCUCCGGGCCAGCUGCUGCGAGAAACUCUGGGCGCCGACGUGCUGCUCCUUCUGGGAGCCCUGCUGGCGUUCCUGGGCUCGGCCGUCACGCUUCUCGCGACUUACGGCCGUUUCGGCAACCCGGAGUCCAGGCCUACCGUUCUGGGAUUAGGGCCUCCCUUGGUGGGCAUUGGCUUUGUCUUCUGUCUGCUAAGACUAUUCUUCUGCCAGACGCAGAAAAUCAAGAAUGCCUGCUGCGGUUGGCUUCUGGCAGCUCGCGUCCAUCCGAGUCGGGGUAACAGCAGGACCCCAAUCAGCCUGACAACUGCCGUGGUGCCUGAGGUGGUAGACCACGGUGUCACGUACGACCCGACGCGGUUCAGCCAGACCUGGACUAUAACGUAGGCCAACUUCCACGUGAUGUUCUUGUGCGUGCUUCCCUUCUUUCGCAAAGAGGCGGUCUGUGCACUUUGACUUGUGUGCCAAAAUGUGUAUACCUGAUUUAACUCGAGGAACGUACAAAGUGGUGAGACUGUUCGGUCAAAAGCGGGGACAAAACAAAAUAAGCUAAUAGCGACUCUUUGCAACAAAGCAACGUGUCCCACGCGUAAUACACUCAACACUGUGUUUUGUCUUUACGCUACUAAGGUCCCUGUUGCUGGUGAAUGCUCUUACUAGAGCUGAUACUUGCUGGGCCAGUGUUGCCAUU